AUGGUGGGCAGCAAACCCCUGUCUCGUGUGGCCAGCGGGGCAGAGCGUUACCCAGAGACAGUGGAGGCCCUGAGGGACGUGGGCAGGCUCAGGGAGAGACACAACACCCUGGAGACCAGAGUAGAGCUGCUGGAAGCAGGCAAGGCCGACCAGGCCCAGCUCCAGCACCUCCGGGAGCACCUCACUGACAUGGGGGACAGGGAUGUGCCUGACAAACUGUUGGAUCAACUGAAUCAUCUGAGAGUUCUGGUCGACAGCCUGAUGGGUGACAGAGCCAAGAUGGACAACCUGCGAGGCAUGCUGGAGGACAUGAUGGCGUCCUCCUCCUCGCUGCUCUCCUAGAGCCUCCAGCAGGAGCCCCAGGGGUCAGAGCAGGGCCAGGGCAGCGGUCAGGCAGACGGGCAGCAAGGCUCCACGUGCCCCUCCUGCUCUGUAGACGUGAGCAGGAAGGUCAGCCAGCUGUUCCAGCGCUAUGAGAAUCUGCAGGGCCUGGUUAGCAGAUUCAUGAAUCAGCAGGGAGGAGGCAGACCUGGAGUAGAGGGAAAGGACUCGGAGCUGAUGAAUGACGUUCAGGGAGCCAUCAUGCAGCUGCAGGCUGAGUGUGAGAAGCUCCACGGCACAGCCAACCACCUGAUUGAGGAGCACAGCCAGAAACAGGUCCACAUCGACCAUCUGUACAAGUCCAUGGAAGAACUGGACGAGAAGAAAGCUGACAAAGAGCUUGUGGAGAUGGAGAUUGAAAUCAAAGCAGACAAGCGUGCCCUGGAGACCAAGGUGAGCCGCAUGCAGUUUGACUCCAUGACAGAGGAGCUCAACACCAUGUUCCAGGAGCUGCUCAGCAAGAUCACCGGCCAGGAGCAGGACUGGCACAAAAUCAUCGACAAAAUCUCCACCGAGAUGGAGUGCAAGCUGGACCAGAUUGAGCUGGAUCCUGUGAAGAAGCAGCUAGAGGACCGCUGGAAGAGCAUCCGUAAGCAGCUGCAGGCCCAGCCUGCCCCGAAGGAGGACGACGCUGCAGGCAUCAGGAAACAACUUGUGGCAAGGUUCCACUGCAUCUCCUGCGACCGCCCAGUUGAUAUGCUUACCCCAGGACCGCACUUGGUCACCGUGCCCUCCACUCCUGGCCUACCCUCCCACAAGUCCAACCGACCGCACACCAUCUAUGAGCUUGAGCAGGUUCGCCAGCACUGCAGAGGUGAGAGCAAACACCUGAGGCCAGGGACCAACCACGGCCACUUUGAGAUGGCCAGCUCCGAAAGGGCCAUGAUGCAGGUGCAGCGGAUCCACACCAUGAUGUGUAGGCAGAUAGAGAGAGUGCAGACCCACCUAUCUGGCCUAGAGCGCACCUACAGCCAGGGGGCUCUGAGGGAGAUCGGGAGCUCCCGCUAUCCACACAUCCUGAGCCCGCUGCAGAGGACCAGCCAGAGUCUGCCCAAGCACGAGCGCAUCCCUGAGAUGGCGGACUACAGUUACCUGGCCAUGUCCCGGAGCUGUGGAGGCAGCCACACCGUGACCUACCCCAAACGCCGCUACACCCGCCUGCAGCACAUCAGCCACUUCAUCCAGGCUGAGGAGGAGACACCGCCCAUCUCCAGCUCCCCACUGCGCAUUCAGCCGGAGGAGGUGGACAUCCUGGGAUUGGACGGACAUAUCUACAAGGGCCGCCUGAAAACCAGAUCAGUCAAGACUGUGGAUGCCGGACUACCCACCAUCUUUCCUGAAGACGAGUUGGGCUCGCAGUGCAGGGAUGCAGAGAUAAAGAGUAAAGUGGAGUGUGGGGAGGAAGAGUGA